UGGACAGACAGAGAGAAUGAGAAUGUAGAUAAAAUAAACAUGAUUGCUUUUAUCUUUAAAUGGGCAUCUACUACAUAUACUCCCUUCACCUACCCAGACAAAGACAAAAGCCACUUCAAAAUACUUUCUGCUGACAUGGGAAACAGAUUUUCAGGGAGCUAUUGAGGUUGCAUUCUGUGCUGGAAUUCUCAUAAAAGGCAACUUCUGCACAAAAAUAGUCCUGUACUCUGUUUUUCUCUCUGGGGAUGUUUUGAUGUGGAGUAGAGCCAACUACACUUUCAUACAUGGAACAUUAACCUUAUCAUACAAUGGACCCUUAGAACUCAGGAUGAAUGCUUCAGUCUGGGAAGCUCAGAGGAGAGUUAUGCCUGCCUAAGCGUAAAAAGCAAAAUGAUAAGAGCCUAAAGACUGGUGUUGUCCCAUUCGGUAGCCUGAUUGCUCAGAGCAAGACUCCAGCACACUCCAUCAUCACCAGCAUCAUGUCUACCACGCACUGUUCCUUUAUUUGCUCACAGUCAUGGGUCAGCUGUUCUCUGGUACAUCUAAUGAUGAACAACAGAAAGAUUUGGCCUCCAGCUUUACUGCAUAUUUUAAGAACGUGAAAGUGGAAAACCAAAUCAUCUCUCAAGAAACCAUCCAUUCAAUUGAGUCACAUCUGAUGAGAGGAAACAUCCAGGGGGCAAACUCUGCAAUCAGUGAUGCAUUAAAAGAAAUUGAUAACACCCCAGUCAAUGUUGCUGUGACAGGGGAGUCUGGCACAGGGAAGUCCAGUUUCAUCAAUGCCCUGAGAGGGGUUGGUCAUGAAGAGAAAGAUGCGGCUCCCACUGGGGCAGUGGAAACAACUAUGCACAGAAUGCCAUACAAACACCGAAACAUUCCCAAUGUGAUCAUAUGGGACCUGCCUGGCAUUGGAACCACGAAUUUCCAGCCAAAAGAUUAUCUGGAGAAAGUAAAGUUCAGUGAGUAUGACUUCUUCAUUAUUAUUUCUUCUACACGCUUCACAAAAAAUGAUGUAGACCUUGCCAAAGCAGUCAGAUAUAUGAAGAAGAAUUUCUACUUUGUGAGAAGCAAGGUGGACUUUGAUUUAUGGAAUGAAAAGCACUGCAAACCAUCUACCUAUGAUAGAGAAAAGGUCCUGCAGCUGAUCCGAAACUACUGUGUGGAUACUUUUAAGAAGAAUAAUAUUGACGAACCACAGAUUUUCUUGAUCUCUAGCAGGGAUUUAUCUGAGUAUGAUUUCCCAGUCCUGAUGGACACCCUAAUAAAAUGUCUCCCUGCUCAAAAGCGCCACAGUUUCCUGCUUUCCUUGCCUAAUAUUACAGAGGCAGCCAUUGAGAGGAAGCGAGAAUUUCUGAAGCAGUUUAUCUGGCUAGAAACCUUGAUGGUUGGAAUAUCGACUUACUUUCCUAUAGUGAAUGACAUCAUCGAUAAUGAUGUGAAGUUGCUGAAAGCAAGCUUAUACCAAUAUCAAGUCCACUUUGGAGUGGAUGAUGCAUCCUUGCAGAGUCUAGCUAAGGACUGGCAAGUUCCUGUGGAACAACUCAAGGAAAUCAUUAAAUCUCCAAAUUUGUUGAAAACUACGAAUGAAGAAACAAUACAGGAAAAGAUUUUGGAAUGUUGGAAUAUGCUCUGUCUAGCUAAAGGUAGUCCUCUUAACAAAAGUCUUUAUGCAAAGAAAGUCUUUUACUUACAGCUAUAUUUCCUUGACAUAGUAACUGCUGAUGCCAAAAUUCUCCUCAAAGAGAUAUAUUAUAGAAACAGGUUGUGUUCUGAUUAGACUAAAAUUCCGUGGAUGUUGAAAUCCAAAUUCAUAAAAUAUAAUUAGCACAGUAAUGUCUCUAAACAAUAUACUGAGUUCAUUGAGAUUAUCCAGACUUAAACUCACACUUAGUGAUUGCAUAUCCCUGUUAGCUGCAUGAAGAAGAUGAAAUAUGUUUGAAUAAGGAAAAAGCUAAAUACCAUUUUACUUUAAUCUUAAUUUUCUUGAUAUUAACAUGCUUAUAGAUUCUUAUACAUUGUAUGCUUGUAGAUCAUCAUCCUUUUCUCACAUAUGACGUAGUUUUUUGCAACCUAGUUCAACCCAACAUGCUUGGGUAAGUUAUAACUUUCAAAUAUUAAAUAGUUGUUGUUGAUGUAACCUGCUUUUUUAUCAUCUCAUUGAUCCAAACAUACCUCAACCUGCACCUACUGACAAUGACAAAAUGAAUAGUCAUCACCAGAGUCUUGUAGAUAAAUUCCUCCUUUCUCAUGUGUGUUAUUUAAACCAAUCAAUUCAAAUCUCUCAUUGGAAAGCCUAGAGGAUAAGGCCUAUGAACCUUAAUAAAGAUGUAGUCUCACAGAUCCUUUCUCUUUCUGUUGCUCUUCACCUACUAGUUGAGAUGCCUGACACUUCUAUACUUCGUCAAUGUCCUGUCUGCACAUCUAACCUCUCUGGAACGUGUGUCAUCAGAAUCUUCUGCUUCAUGCAUUUUGAGUUCAGUUCCUCAUUGUGUCUCAACACACACACACACACACAC